AUCAGCUCGUCUGAACCAGAGACAUGCUGCAGGGGGGCUGCUCCAGCUUCGUGAGGGGUUUGAGGGGCUUCCUUGUUGGGCUUGAAGCUCUUCCGUGCUUACUUCCUCUUGUCGUGUCCUUUGCGCUCGACUUGAUGAACCUGUCGAAAUCGCCCAAUUGCUUCAAUUGACGAACACUUACAUUGGCUAUUUCGACCACAUUGGCCACUUCCAUUCUGCUGCACAAAAAGGCCUUGCCACUUUCACCUAGCCCAGCCUGCUCCGCAAGACAACGCCUCACGACUAAGCACACGCCGACCUCCAAAAUGUCUGUCGACCCCCUCGAAGAUGUUCGACCCAUGUUCGAGCUGCGUGGCCGCAACUUCAUCGUGACCGGGGGCGCACAGGGCAUCGGUUUCGCGGCGACGCGGGCCAUCUGCGAGAUGGGCGGCAGCGUGGCGGUGCUCGACAUUCAGAGCCGGCCCGUGGCCGAGUUCGACACCCUGGCGGCCAAGUAUGGCGUCAAGGCCGUGUACAUCCAGACGGACGUGACCAAAGAGGAAUCCCUCAAUUCGAGCUUCCAGAGCGCGCUCGAGCAGCUGGGCGGGAGCAUUCAUGGGCUACUACCGGCGGCGGGAAUCGCGAUCGACAAGCCCUUCAUCGAGCAGACGUGGGACGAGUACAACCGGAUCCAUGAUAUCAAUGUCCGCGGCACGUUCUUCAUCACGCAGCUUGCGACGAAACAAAUGAUCAAGCAAGGCACCGGCGGAUCGAUACUGCUGGUAGCGUCGCAGUCUGCACACAUUGGUCUUCCCGGCUACCGGAUGGCGGCGUACAACGCCUCCAAGGGGGCGGUGCACAUGCUGGCAAAAGCGCUGGCAGUCGAGCUGGGCCCCAAGGGCAUCCGGGUCAACACGAUCUCGCCGGGGUUUGUCGACUCGCAGAUGACACGGGACGUCCGCGCGACCAAGACGAAACGCGAGGGCGACCAGAUGUGGCUCGCGCCGCCGAUGAAGCGACUCAGCACGCAGAACGACCUGACGGGCGCCAUCAUCUACCUGCUGUCCGACGCCUCGCGGUUCACAACGGGCACGGACAUUGUCAUCACCGGUGGCCUGCACUGCGGGACGAUUGACGGCGUGAUUAGCUGGACGGACGAGUGAGCCGAAUGCGGAGCUGGUGCGCGACUGAGGGCGAGGACUCGCAUUUGCUGCAGAGCAGGACGAUCUUCACAUGCAAGAUGCAGGCACGGGGAAGGAUGGAAGAGCUGGACCCUUCGAGAAGAAGCGAAAGUGUGGCGGUGCAGCCGGCGUAAUGUGAGAGGCAGAGAGGCUUGACUGCGGCUUGAGGGCGACCUUUUGUCAGGCCAGCAAAUACAGUACCAGAACACCACUAGCGGGAUGUGGACCCGGAUCUGCAAAGGGACCAAUGACGUCAUGGAGCCCAGCAGGCAGCCCUUGUAAUGGCAGCUGGGCAGACCAAGCAAUGCCAAGCUCUCUGCCACUGGUUUCGCCUCCAUCCAAGACGAGGACAUGUGACACUCUAGGCA